CCGGAACCAGAUGGAGCCUCGCUCGAUGCAGCUACUGCCCACCCUGCUGCUGCUUCUGGACGACGCCUGCCUCCACUCGGCGACGGCUUCACGGAGCGGGGUCAGCGGACCCAAAGUCACCGAGAAGGUGUUUUUUGACAUCACAGUGGCGGGUCACGAGGUGGGCCGCAUCGUCAUCGGCCUCUUCGGAGAGGUGGUCCCGCUCACUGUCAAUAAUUUGGUUGCUCUAGCAACUGGAGAGAAAGGCUAUGGCUACAAAGGCACAAAGUUCCACCGGGUCAUCAAAGACUUCAUGAUUCAAGGAGGAGACUUCACCGCUGGAGACGGAACUGGAGGUCACAGCAUCUAUGGGACAACGUUUCCGGACGAAAACUUCAAACUGAAGCACAGUUCAGCAGGAUGGGUAAGCAUGGCUAACGCCGGCGCAGACACCAAUGGCUCACAGUUCUUCAUCUUGGCCACCAAAGCACCCUGGCUGGAUGGGAAACACGUUUUUGGAAAAGUUCUGGACGGCAUGUCUGUGGUGCACACCAUCGAGCUCCAAGACACCAAUGACAGAAACCUGCCGUACGCCGAGUGCGUCGUAGUCAACAGCGGACGCAUCCUCGUCAAAGAACCCUUUAGCGUCGACGUAUGGUAG